GGCCACAGCUUGGCGCGGGCGGUGGCGCGGGCGGUUAAGCGGCAGGUACAAACACAGGGAGCAGGAGCAAAUGAUGAGGAAAUUUAUCUUUUGGCUUUGAUUGUAGGAAAAGAUUAUAAUGUCAAAUGUAAAGAAAAUUUAGAAAAAUAUUGUCAAGGAUUGAAAAAUGCUUCAUUAGAAGAAAAAAAAAUACAUGAGAAACUUGAAAGCUUUUGUAAAAAUGGAAAAGCAGAAGGAAAAUGCAACGAAUUAAAAGUCAAAGUUAGUCAAAAAUGCACUACAUUCAAAGGAGAACUUCAAACAACAGUUGGAAAAGGAAUUUCAAAACUGACAGAUGAUGAUUGCAAAAAGAAUGAACGACAAUGCCUAUUUUUGGAAGGAGCAUGUCCAACAGAACUUAAAGAGAAAUGUAAUGAACUAAGGAAUCUAUGUUACCAGAGAAAACGUGACGGAAUAGCAGAAGAAGUCCUUUUGAGGACACUUCGUGGGAAUAUUGAAGAUGAAAAUAAAUGCAAAGAAAAACUUAAAAAGAUUUGCCUAGAAUUGAGUCAAGAAAGUGAUGAGUUAACGAAGCUUUGUCUUGAUCAACAAACAAUAUGCAACAAAUUUGUAUCAAAAAAGCAAGAAAAAUGUACUACUCUUGAACAGGAUAUUAAAAAAGCACUUGAAAAAGAGAAUGAAUUACGAGGAAAAUGUUUACCACUUCUUGAACGAUGCUAUUUUUACAGAAGGAAUUGCAAAGCAGACAAAUCAAAGUGUGAUGAAUUGGGAAAGAAAUGUCAAGAACAAAACAUUGUUUAUAUACCACCAGGACCCGAUUUUGAUCCAACUAGACCAGAGGCUACACUGGCAGAAGACAUAGAUCUGGAAGAGCUUUAUAAGAAGGCAGAAGAGGAUGGUGUUUUUAUUGGGAGACAACAUGUAAGAGAUGCAACGGCUUUGUUGGCGUUGUUAAUUCAAGACCCAAGUGUAGCAGGUAAUGAUGAUAAAGAAAAAUGCAAAAAAGCUCUUGAGAAAAAAUGCAAAACCCCACAAGAACAUGAGGCCUUGAAUAGUUUAUGUAAGGAAAGUGGUCUAAGUGAUGAUGGAACGAAAAAAUGUGAUGAGCUAGAAAAAGAUAUCAAAAGAACAUGUGAUAUUCUCAUGUCAAAACUUACAAAUAAUCGUCUUUUUGACCCAAAAAAAGGAAAUAACGAAAUUCUUGGAUGGGAAGGGUUGCCAACAUUUUUUAGCAACGAAGAUUGUGCGAAAUUAGAGUCCUAUUGUUUCUAUUUUGAAAAAAAAUGUCCGGAUGGUGAAAAAGCAUGUAAAAAUAUAAGAGCAACAUGUUACAAAAGAGGGCUUGAUGCACGGGCAAACAAAGUGCUGCAAGAAAAUAUGCGAGGAAUGUUACAUGGUUCAAACAAAAGCUGGCUUAAGGAAUUUCAACAAAAAUUGAUAAAAGUAUGUGAGAAAUUGAAAGAAGAAAAUAAAGGAAGUUUCUCAAACGAUGAAUUAUUUGUUCUUUGUGUACAGCCUGCAAAGGCAGCACGGUUGCUCACACAUGACCAUCAAAUGAGGGUUAUCUUUUUACGACAACACUUGGAUAAAAAGCGAGAUUUUCCAGCGGAUAAAGACUGCAAAGAAUUAGGGAGAAAAUGCCAAGAUUUAGGAGAGGAUUCAAAAGAAAUUACGUGGCCAUGUCAUACACUGGAGCAGCAAUGCAAUCGCUUGGGGACUACAGAAAUUUUAAAGCAGGUUUUAUUGGAUGAACACAAGGAUACUUUGAAAACUCAUGAAAACUGUGUAACAUAUCUAAAAGAAAAAUGUAAUAAAUGGCUUAGAAGGGGAAACAAUCAUUUUUCUCUUCUGUGUGUUUUUCUGGAAAGUACGUGUAAGCUGAUGGUUGAUGAUGUACAAAAUAGAUGCAAAGUAUUCAAAGAAAAUAUAAAGAAUUCAAAAAUUAUUGAAUUUCUUGGAAAUAAUAAAAAUAAAAUAACAAUACUGGAAAGAAAUUGUUCUUCCUGGUAUCCAUACUGCAAUAGAUUUUCACCUAAUUGUCCAGAUCUUGUGGAAGAAGAUGUUUUUUGUACAAAGAUCAAAAAGCAUUGUGAACCAUUUUACAAAAGAAAGGCUUUAGAAAACGCUCUCAAAGUAGAACUUCAAGGAAAUUUAAGUGAUAAAUCCAAAUGUGAAUCUGCAUUAGAAAGAUAUUGCACAGCAUUAAAAAAUGUAACUAACACGUCAAUUAGCGGAUUAUGUAAAGAUAGUGCUAAUAAUAAGCCUAAAAAGAAUGACAAUAAAGCUAAAGAACUUUGUGAGAAACUAGUAAAAGAGGUGGAACAGCAAUGCAAAGUAUUACAAGAGGAACUAAAACAACCGGCAGAUGAUUUAGAAAAAGAUUCUGAGACAUAUAAGAGACUUAAGAAACAGGCAGAGGAAGUAAUGGAAAAGUCCAGUCUUGUUUUAUUACUCGUUAAAAAAGAUGAAAAUAAUGUACCAAAAAAUAAUAGCGAAGACAAUGACAAAAAUAAAACCACACCAAGCAAACGUCAAGAUAUCACUGAACAUGUGAAAAUACUACGAAGAGGUGUUAAGGAUGUAUCAGUGACAGAAUUAGAAGCCAAGGCAUUUGAUUUGGCUGCAGAAGUAUUAGAAAGAUAUGUAGAUUUGAAAGAAAGAUGUCAGAAAUUAACCUCGGAUUGCGGGAUUAAGGAAGACUGUGAAAAGUUAGAAAAAGUAUGUAAAAAGAUUAAUAAGGCAUGUCGCAAUCUGAAGCCUUUGGAUGUAAAGCCACACGAAACAACAACUAAAAACAUAACAACCACAACGACAACCACCACCACAACAACCGUUACAGAUCCAAAAGCAACAGACUGUCAAUCUCUGCAAACGACAGACACAUGGGUCACAAAGACGUCGACACACACCAGCACCUCUACGACUACAUCCACAGUCACGUCAAGAAUAACACUCACUUCGACAAGAAGAUGUAAACCGACCAAGUGUACGACAGGAGAGGAAGAUGAUGCAGGAGAGGUGAAGCCAAGUGAGGGGCUGAGGAUGAGUGGGUGGAGUGUGAUGAGGGGGGUGCUAGUGGUAAUGAUGAUUUCAUUCAUGAUUUAG